AUGCCAGACCGGAGCGUUAGUGCAGCUCGAGCCACUCUGCUUAUCCUUUUCUUAAAGGUGCAAACCUCUGUACCAGCACCACUUAAUGGAUCAAAGUGGGCCUAUGUUGGUGAUAAUGGAGAGAAAGCCUGGUCAAAAUCCUUCCCUUCCUGUGGAGGAAUGUCCCAGUCUCCCAUAGAUUUUGACAGUGACAACCUUGAAUAUGAUUCUACCCUCUCACCCUUAGUAUUAGAAGGUUACAACAUGUCUUCUAAUGAGCGGUUUACUCUGACUAACAAUGGACACUCAGUGAAAUUAUUUCUGCCUCCAAAUAUGUACAUUAAAGGCCUGGGUCCCAGAUAUACAGCAACAGAACUUCACCUGCACUGGGGCAAUCAGAAUAAUCCCCAUGGCUCUGAGCACACAGUUGAUGGGAAGCAUUUCGCAGCAGAGUUACAUAUUGUCCAUUAUGACUCGGACAACUACCCUAAUAAGUCCACUGCCAUGGACAAACCAGAAGGACUAGCUGUUCUGGCUGUUCUUAUUGAGAUGGGUUCCUUUAGUCCUUCCUAUGAUAACAUCUUCAGCCACCUUCAAGCUAUUAAGUACAAAGAUCAGGAAGUUCGAGUUCCAGGUUUUAAUAUCCAAGACCUUCUUCCUCAGAACUUAGACGAAUUCUACCGCUACCAAGGUUCUCUGACAACUCCUCCUUGUUUCCCCAGCGUGCUCUGGACAGUUUUCCGAAACCCUGUCCAAAUCUCCCAGGACCAGCUGAUGGCUCUGGAGACAGCUCUGUAUUGUACCUAUACAGAUGACCCCUCACCUCUGGAAAUGAUCGACAACUUCCGAAAAGUCCAAAAGUUUGAUGAAAAGCGUGUACGUGUCUCCUUCCGCCAAGACCAAGACCACGCAGGACUCAAUAUGGGAGUCAUCGUAUCUGUGGCAAUAGCUGGUGUUUUAGGAGUCUCUGUCAUCCUUGCACUAUCAAUCUGGCUUCUCCGACGAAAGAAGAGCAGCAAGAAAGAAGAAAACAAAGGAGUCAUUUACAAACCUGCUGUCAAGAAGGAGGCUGAUAUCAACCCCUGAGAACCUUUGACUCCUCUGAGGCCCUCAUCCAAGGGAGGAUCCUUGGCCUUGGACAGUUUGGGGCCGCUGGGCAUCCUCCAGAGCAGAUCCACCAGACACUUCCAUUGGUCUUGUUAUCUUGAUGUGACUUAAGUACUGAGUCAGGCGUCAAAAGUCAUCCCUUAAGUUUUCACUCUUGGUAGCUUCAAUAGGAAGAGUUUUCCUAUCAGGAAGCAUGAACACUGAGCCGUUGAUAUUGCAAUGAUCCGGAUUCUGGAGGCACACAUCCAGGCACACCCUGGUGCCCAGAGCAGAGCUUUCUACCUUUCCAGCUAGAUUAGCCCGACCACAUUCUGCUAAGGAACCUCUACAAUACCUUAAGGAUAACUAUAGGGUCACUAGACCACGUAUCAGGGAUUUACAUAUCAUGCUAUGCUCUUGCCACCUACUUUUAAAAAUAGAGCGC